CGUGUGCAUGAAAAUAUACAUUAGUGUGGUAGGUGUGAUUUCGACAUAAGAUGUUCGCAGUAUCCAGAGAUUAGUUGAUGUAGUUGAUACAUGACUUGGUAGUACACUUAGGACGCAUUGCUACAGCAAAAAGGGAAAAGAAAGUUGUUUGUGAGAUUAGUGUGGGGCGUAAUAAUGGGGUACGCAAUGCGACUAAAAUUCACGUGAAUGGAAUGUAUUACUGUCAUGUAGUACGUACAAUGACGUAUAGACGUCAAGAGAGUAUCAAGUACUUAUUUUUUUUUCCACUGUUAUCAUGGGUUCCAGAUUGAGGGACAAUGUGCAACAUCUUUUCGAGUGUUUUUGCGAGAUAGCUGCACCAUUAGGAGAAAAACCACCUUGGAUACUGCAAAAGUAUCCUAUUUCUUUUUCAGAUGAGGAAAUACUUAAAUCUGUUCCAAAAUUUGCAUACCCUUGUGAAAUUGAAAACCUGUUGGUGCAGCAUUUUUCAUUUGUACUCACUAGUAUAGAUUCAAAAUGGACAUUUGGAUUUUGUCGACACGAUCCUAAGACAGAUACAGCCUUAGUAAUUUUAAGUGCAUUACCAUGGCACGAAAUAUUUUACAAGCUUUUGAAUCAUAUUGCAACUUUAAUGAGUACUGGCACUGGAGAAGAUGUUUGGAAAUUUCUGGAAACAGUUUAUAGAAGUCCAGUUCCCACACAUGAUACUUCUAUAUCAAUUCCUAUACCAAAUUCUAAAGUGAAUUUUGUGUGUCAAAGUCCAAAACAGUAUCAAUUACCGAGUAUACCCGAAAAUAGAAAUUUAAUGGAGUAUUACAGUGCUGUCGAUGCACACAAUAUGAUGAUAGUAUUUGCUUCUAUGUUGUACGAACGGCGAAUUAUUUUCACUUCGAAACGUCUUUCAAGAUUAAGCGCGUGCGUUCAAGCAUGCAACGCUUUAAUUUAUCCAAUGAUUUGGCAACAUAUAUAUAUACCAGUGCUACCAUUAUCUUUAAUAGAUUAUUUAUUAGCCCCGAUGCCAUUUUUAAUCGGAGUACCUGCACCGACGCUUCAGAGAGUGCGUAAAAGCGAUUUAGGAGAAGUAGUUAUCUUGGAUGCUGAUAAUAAUACUAUAGAAUCUCCAUUUCAAGACCUGGAAUCGUUACCCCAAGAUGUGGUGUCAAACUUGAUGAAGGCAUUACGUAAUAGACCCGCGCUACUCGGUGACGGAGUGUCAAGAGCGUUUUUACGAGCAUUGGUACAAUUAACAGCUGGCUACAAGGAUGCGUUAACGUUGGAGGAUGGGCAAAGCAUCACUUUUAACCAAAAUGCAUUUGUGGAAAGUAGACCUUCUUCGAUGCAACCUUUUUUACGAAAAAUGUUGGAAUUACAAAUAUUUCAACAAUUUAUAGAAGAAAGACUGAAUAUGCUUAAUUCAGGAGAUGGUUUCACGGAUGAGUACGAGUUGGAAGCUUGCAGCUACUCUACUAAAUCUAGUAACAAAUUUAUGCAACAAUACCGGGAAUGGACUUACACCAUGCGCAAAGAAAGCUCUGCAUUUUUUCGCAGUGUGAAGGACAAGGCCAAUCCAGCUGUAAAAUAUGCAGUUAAAUCAGUGAAAGACAAAGGUAAAGAUAUGAAAACAGCGUACAAAGGAUUAAAAUGGAAAGGUCGAUCGAAUAGGAAUGAACCAAGCAUGAGAUUUCAUCAACCAAGAUCUGCGCCUAGUUCACCCACAAUAGAUAGAAGGCCUAUCGACUUCACGUCCCCGUCAAAAUCGCCAAAUGGUUUUACAGCUACUACUAGUUAUAGAAAAGAUCUUCGAAUACGAAAUAGUAAUUUUACAGAUUCAAGUUGCAGUAGACAACAAUAUUCUCCAUUAAGUCCUAGCUCCCCGGAAGAAUCUGAUUCUCCACCGGAAAGGGUAAAUAUCGAUCUUAUGCAAGAACUUCGUCACGUGAUAUUUCCAAACACACCUCCUAUCGAUAGAACAUUGAAACCAGUGCGCAGCUUAGACAGCUUGAGACCUGCAUGGAAUGGACACAUGCGGCACGGUCCUCCACCUAAUCCAGUUGCCACGAACCCGAUUGUUAAUUUCUCCUCGCAAAUAUCCCCUACUCCACAUUCCGCCUUAAUCAAUUUGGUAGAUCAGUCAAAUUUUACAUUAAAUGAUACGUUAACUGAUGAUGUUAAUACUCAGCCUAGUAUAAGUAAUAGACUUCCAUUUGAUUCUUUCACUUCGAGAAAUAAAACGGGUAAAGAAGAUCCACAUUCGAGUAAUUCUUUGCACGAAGUCCAUACGAAUGAGUUAACAAAACAUAGUACAUCUUUGUAUCCACAAAAUGUAGAUAUAAAGCAAUGUAAAAACGGUUUUGAAAGUUGCUCAAAAGAGAUAUAUACUGAUGAUGUAUUCACAAAUUUGGAUGCAACGAAUCAUUCUUUUAGCAAAUGUCAAAAUUCAGAUUUCCAUUCGAAAGAGAAUGAUCCUUUCGAUACUAGUAAAGUGUUUAUACCUUCCUAUUUGCAACCACCCAUCUUUCAAGCUACAAAUGCAUCGUUGUCUGUUAAUUGUCACGUUCCAUCCCAUGUAUACAAUAGUACAUCUUACCCUGCACAUUCGAAGGAGUCUCCCGAAGUGCCAGAUUUAAUUAAAUUAGAUUCGACCGCGAGCAGCGAAGACUUCGAUCCUUUGCUUUCUAAAUCGUCGGAAUUCAGUUCCAAGCAAAUGACUCAGUCGUUACAUAUUCCUGAAAUGGGUGAAGGAUUGAGCAAUCCACUGUACCCUUACUUUCAACCAUUGCACAAAAGUAACGACAAGCAACAAAAGUCCUCCGAUAAUAUCGGUGAUUUGGAUUUGUUACAAGCCUACGGUUUAGAUUUCAACAAAUUUAGUAUAAGCAACGACGACUCACCUACGAAAAAAUCUAACGUAUGCAAUACAUCCGAAAACAGUAUUAAUAUAGAUAACACGUUCAGCUUAACGCUGAGUACACCUGCCAUUAAAUCACAAAAUAAUUGGACAAAAUUCGAAUGAAUUACUGUUCACAUAUCAUAAUUGUAUAUACAAUACUGUUAAUACUGUUUCUCUUUUCUUUUGUUAAUCAUGUAUGUAAUAAGUAUCGAAAUGAUAUACGUUCGAUAUACGCAGGAAAUAGUAGUCAACAGGAGUUUUACAAAACGAUGAUAAUAGUUAAUAUUAAUGACAUAAGAGAGAUACAAUAAUUUGGCUUUCUAGCACAACCAUAAUAUUAUAUCGUUAUACACUUUUUAUAUCGAAAAAUGAUUAAUAAGAUUUACAAUACUUCCAAAUCCUUGUUUUCUGUGCAAUGUUUGUCAUUAUUUUAAUAGAUCUAAUUAUACAAAUUUCGUACAAGGUUUGUUUCCAUCGAUAUUUUUAUUUCGAAAGGGGAUGUGUGUGUAGCUAACAGUUACAAACAUACGUAUCGUAUGAUUUAAGUAAAUUCUUUACAUAUAUUAACGCUAUAAUAAAUAUCAUGCAAAAUGAUAGUAGCACAAUGCAUAAUACUGAUCGUAUGACAUCUACAACUAUCCGUUAUUCUACUGUAAUCAUUUUCGUAUACUAUUUUCAUAAAUAAAUUGUAUCUAACGAUAGAUUAAAUGUAAUCGAUCGGAACAAAUUAAGUACGACUAUUAAAAUUAUUAGUUCACCUUUGUUAGAUAUUAAAUACAUUAAUUUUAGC